UCCCCGCCGCCGGGCCGGGAUUGAGCCGCCGGGACGCCCCGGACGAGGGGCGGCAUGGCCGGGUGGGGGUGUCGGGGAGUCCCGGUUCCCAGCGGGGGACCCCACGGUGCCGGGUGCCGGCAGCCGUGGUGGCUGCUGCUCCUGGCCUGGCUUAGCCUGGGUUGCGCCGGCGGCACAGCGCAGGGCCCAGCCCUGGGGACACCGGUGCGGGUCCCCGAGCCCCCAGCCCCUGCUCGGCCCCGCCGGCAGCCGGCCCGGGGCACCUGGGGGCCCUGGGGACCCUGGAGCUCCUGCUCCAGCUCCUGUGGGGACGGCGUCGCCCUCCGCACCCGGAGGUGCCUGCGGUCCACCGAGGAGGAGCCGUGCACGGGUGACCCGCGGCAGUACCGGCUCUGCCAGCUCCAGGGCUGCCCCGGCGGCUCGGUGCCCUUCCGUGCCAUGCAGUGCUCCCUCUACGACAACAAGCCCGUCCUGGGCACGCAAGCCCGGUACCGCUGGGUGCCCUUCCACGGAGCCCCCAACGUCUGUGACCUCAACUGCCUGGCCAUGGGGCACAACUUCUACUACACUUUCGGCCGGGUGUUGGACGGCACCCGCUGCAGCCCUGGCUCCUCGGACCUCUGCGUUGGCGGGCGCUGCCUGGUGGGUAGUGUGGGCUGCGACGGGAUCCUGGGCUCGGGCACGCAGCCCGACGCCUGCGGCCAGUGCGGCGGCGGCCACGACACGUGUCUCUUCGUGCACCGGCUCUUCCAGGGCACGGACCCCUCCUCCGGUUAUUUUGGGUACAUGAAUGUGACCAAGAUCCCAGCUGGGGCCACCCAUAUCAAGGUGACGGACAAGAGCCGCAACUACCUCGCCCUGAUGACAAGCGAUGGGCGCUACGUGCUCAACGGGGACUGGUCCAUUGCCUGGCCGGGACCAUACGAGGUGGCCGGCACCCAGCUGCACUACGCCCGGGCCCCCGAUGGCACCGAGACCCUGGAGGCGCCCGGGCCCACCGACGAGGAUCUGCACGUGAUGGUCCUGCUGCAGGAGCCCAACCCUGGCAUCGAGUACGAGUUCUGGCUGCCCCGCGGGCACCCCCAGCCUGGCCGUGUCGACACCAGCCCCCUGCGGCAGCCCCAGCCCCGGGGGGCCGGCAGCCCCCCGCCCCCGGAGCCCCCGGUCACCCCGGCCCCUGCGCCGCCGACCCAGCCCAGGGGCUCUGCCAUGGAGCCGCCGCCGAGAAGCCCCCCCGGCUGGAGCGUGGCCGGGGCUACCGCAGGGCAAUGCGGGAGGUGCCGCCCACCCAAGGGACGUUCCCAGCGCAUCUGGCACUUCUGCCAGAGUGACUUCGUCUUCCAGGGCCAGAUCCUGGCGCAGCGCUUAGUGGGGCAAGAGACGCGCUACGAGGUGGAGGUGAAAACGCCGUAUCGGCACCGCUUCCCGCUGGUGUCCCGGGAAUACGUGUGGGUGCCCAACAUCUGCGGUUGCCCCCGGCUCCGGGAGGGCGGCGAGUACCUGCUCAUGGCACAGCGGCACGUCAACUACGAGCGCACGCUCAACCGCAUCCUGCUGCAGGACAACGGCUAUGCCCGGCCGUGGACGCCCCGUGAGGACCGGCUGGUGCGGGAGGCAGCCCAGCACUGUCCCCAGCCCCGGCCGCCCUGAGCCCCCUUCCCUGGGCUCCAUCGCCAGGGGAGGGGGCAGCCGGCGGGACCCCCGAGGGCAAACCCAGGGGCUGGCAACGCUCCUGCCGUGCACCGAACCCUUUCCGUGGCUGUGGAGGGGCCGGGGCCCCCCCCGUCCUGCCCUCUGCCCUGUGCCGGGCAUCUCACCGUCCUUGGGGUCAACUUGGCUGCAGAGGGGUGGAGGAUGGUGGUAAUUUAUUUUUUUGCAGAAAAUAAACCUGUAUAUCACCUUGUUCGCC